AUGAGUAAACGCAGGGGUCAGAUGAAGAGUUCAAAUAUUGGAAGCAGCCCUGUAAUGGAACUGCAGUCUACUUCAUUCAACUUUGACAUCCCAUCUUCAUCUUCGUCUCCAAAACUUGGACGGAGUAACUUCAGAAGAGUCAGCCGCACAGAGGACAACAGCCCAUAUCCAAUCCCCGGCCUGGCAGCAGACAUCCUGCACAUGCGAGUGAAAGAAGGAAGCAAAAUCCGCAAUUUGCUUCGGUUUGCCACAGCUCGUAUGCAAGGGGACGGGAAAGACAGCAAUGACACAUCACUGAGACAGGUGGUCUUUACUGGCUCAGGUAGAGGAGUCACCAAGACCAUCACCUGUGUGGAGAUUCUGAAACGUAAAGUCGGAGAGCUCCACCAGGUAACCAAGCUCUACUACAAGACAGUGAAUGAGGUCUGGGAGAGUUCUCAACAGGGAGAGCCAGGUGUAACCAUGCAGAGGACAGUCCCUGCCAUCUGUAUUUUGCUCUCAAAAGACCCUCUGGAUCCACAGGAGCCUGGAUACCAACUCCCCCAAACCCUGAGUGUUCCCACAGAGGACAUAGAGAGAUGCAGAGCUCUGCUCAGACCCGCUCACAGUCCCUCCUCACAGCACACAGCCAAGAGAGUCUGUUUGGAUGACUGGAGUAUGUAA